UCGGCGUGCGAACACGUUACUCGACCGAUUGGAACACUCGAUCAGCUCACGGACUCGCGAUGACGAUACUCGGUAACUGCGCAUCUUCGUUCCUCCUCUGGUCGAUCGCGAUCGCUUGGGUGGCAGCCGUACCUGCACAGUUGCAGACUGGAAGGAGCGUGUUGCGGCAAACAAUCUACGGGCCGACGGCCGCGGAGAUACUCGCCGCGUACAUCCAGGACCACGGUCCAACGGAGCAAAAGGCUGCGGGCGAAGGUGACCCGUCACGGGAUCGUUUCGAUGUUCGACGGCUGUCGAAAGGACUCGCUGCGAUGACGGGUCCGACCACGGAGACCGCGGACCACGCGCGAUUAUCGAGAAAUCGGUUGCGUGAACUUCGGGACGGCGACGGGGACUACUCGGAAACCGGUGCCGCGAGGCUCCAACGAAAUCUGGAUCAAAUCGGUGGCGGUAAUCUGUUGCGGAGAGGGCUGCGCGAACGGGAGACCGGAUAUCCGACAACCGAUUAUCCCCGAUGGCUGGCCGCACGACGGAAUCUCGAUCAGAUCGGCGGCGGGAAUUUGCUGCGCGACACGGACGAUCGGUUCGGUCGGAACUUGGAUCAGAUCGGUGGCGGGAAUCUGGUGCGAAGCUCGACCUAUCCACGGGACGGUCUGCGACGGAAUUUGGAUCAGAUCGGUGGAGGGAAUUUGGUGCGGGAUUUGGCUCGUGUCGUACGCGAGUUCGAGACCGAAACGGGACAGAGACGAUCGCCGAACUGGUACGACCCGUUCGAUGACGCACGCGAACCGUCCGACGGGACUCGUUCGCCGGUCGAGCGGGCCGAGCCGUAA